AUGGAGAAUGCAGAUGUCGAAUUCAGAUUCGUAGAUUCGUAUCGCUUCAUGAGCGAAUCAUUAGAUAAUCUAGCGUCCUAUUUAAAGUUUGACGAUUUCAAAAUUUUGCGUAGCACGUUAAGCCAUUUAAAUGAUGAGCAGCUGAAACUUUUAACUAAAAAGGGCGUGUAUCCGUAUGAAUAUAUUAUGGAUAGUUGGGAAAAAUUUAAUGAAACCAAUUUACCGGAAAAGAUACAAUUUUACAGCAAGUUGAGGCAGUCGCACAUUUCAGAUCAGGAAUAUUCGCAUGCUAGAAACGUUUGGCGAAAAUUUGACACUCAAAACUUGGGUCAAUAUAGCGAUCUUUAUCUGAUGAGCGAUGUGCUUAUACUUGCAGAUGUAUUCACCAAUUUUAGAGAAAAGUGCAUAACAACGCAUAAACUCGAUCCAGCAUUCUUUUUCACAGCGCCCGGAUACACGUGGCAAUGCAUGCUGAAUUACACCAAAGUUAAACUCGAGCUGCUCACAGAUGUUGAUAUGAUGUUGUUUGUUGAAAAAGGUAUAAGGGGAGGCAUAACGCAAUGCUGUACGAAAUACAGCAAGGCCAAUAAUAAAUAUCUGAAUGGGAAGAAUUACGAUCCUACUAAACCCCCUACUCAUAUCAUGUAUAUGGAUAUGGUUAACUUGUAUGGGUGGGCUCAAAGCCAGUGUUUACCUUUAAAUAAUUUUAAGUGGCUUAGUGAGGCUAAAUUAAAGUCAUUAACUCCUGAAGCGAUAUUAAAUACACCUGAUGAUGCGGUCGAAGGUCUCAUUUUAGAGGUGGAUUUAUUGUAUCCCAGGCAAUUGCACGAUCAACAUAAAUCCAUUCCUUUCUGCGUUGAACACGACACUCCACCGGGCGCUAAAAAUAAGAAAUUGCUCGCAACCUUGCAUUCAAAAACUAGAUAUGUUAUUCACUAUAGAAAUUUAAAACAAUGUCUUCAAGCAGGUCUCAUCCUUGAAAGAGUUCACCGGGCUAUUAACUUUAAACAAUCUUGCUGGUUAAAACCAUAUAUAGACUUGAACGCAAGGUUACGAGCGCAAGCCACUAACGCUUUUGAAAAAAAUCUAUAUAAAUUAUUAAAUAAUGCAAAUUUCGGAAAAACGAUGGAGAAUGUGCGGAACCAUCGCAUUAUUAAGCUUGUUACCCGGUGGAGUGGUAGAUACGGAGCCAAUUAUUAUAUAUCCCAGCCCAAUUUCCAUAGCAGAGAGAUCUUCGAUGAUGAAUUAUUGGCUAUCGAGCUAUCCAAAACAGAAAUUCUAUUUAAUAAACCGCUAUAUGUUGGGAUGGCAAUAUUGGAAAUUUCGAAAACUAGAAUGUACGAUUUUCAUUAUAACUUUAUGCAGCAUCAGUUUAGCGACGACCGCUUGAAAUUGUUGUACAUGGAUACCGAUAGCCUCGUGUACGAGAUGGUAUGUGAUGAUGCAUACGAAUUGAUACGUGCAAAUAUUUCACGAUUCGAUACGUCUGAUUAUCCUGAAAACAACAUCUAUAAUAUCCCUAGAUGUAAUGGAAAAGUGCUAGGAAUGAUGAAGGAUGAAUUGGGCGGUAGAAUCAUAACCGAUUGGGUGGCUUUGGCAUCUAAAAUGUACAGUUAUAAAACUAUGGAUAGCGACAAUGAUGUAAUGAAAUUAAAAGGUAUUAGAGAUUAUAUUGUAAAAAAUAGACUAAGUUUCAAUGAUUAUUUAGAAUGUUUAAGGAGCGGGAUUACUAAAAGUGUCACCCAAAGCAGCAUCAUAUCAAAAAAUCAUCAUGUAUAUAGUAUGGAGCAGCAUAAAAUUGCUCUUAGUAACAACGAUAAUAAGAGGUAUUUGAUGCCAAAUGGUAUCGAUACGCUGCCUUGGGGACAUUAUAGUAUUCCCGCUGAAAUGGACUUAGGAUAA